CUGCGCACGGACCGUCUUUCGCGCGCGCGGUUGUGGCCGUUCGGUCGGGUCGGGUCGGGGUAGCGGUCGGGAUCAUGUUAGUGCUGUUUGAGACCGCGGCGGGUUACGCCAUCUUCAAGGUUCUAGAUGAGAGUAAACUCCAGGAAGUGGACAAUUUAUGGCGGGAGUUUGAAACAGCAGAAAAAGCACACAAAAUUGUGAAGCUAAAACAAUUUGAAAAGUUUCAAGAUACCACAGAAGCUCUUGCAGCCGCUACUGCCCUUGUGGAAGGUAAACUGAGUAAAAGCCUGAAAAAAAUACUGAAGAAGAUUGUAGCAAAGGAAGCUCAUGAGCAGCUGGCCAUCGCAGAUGCCAAACUUGGAGGCGUAAUCAAGGACAAGCUUAACCUGAGCUGCGUUCACAAUGCGGCCAUCGCUGAAUUGAUGCGGGGAAUCCGCUCCCAGAUGAGUGGCCUAAUCACUGGACUGCAGCCUCGGGAAAUGAGCGCCAUGUCUUUGGGUCUCGCUCACAGUCUGUCACGUUACAAGUUGAAGUUCAGUCCAGACAAGGUGGACACCAUGAUUGUGCAAGCGAUAUCUUUGCUGGAUGAUCUGGAUAAGGAGCUGAACAAUUACAUCAUGCGAUGCCGGGAGUGGUACGGCUGGCAUUUCCCAGAACUUGGAAAAAUCGUCUCAGAUAACUUGGCAUACUGCAAGAGUGUGCAGAAAUUGGGAGACCGAACAAACACUGCCACCACUGACCUUUCAGACAUCCUUCCAGAGGAGGUGGAAGCUGCAGUCAAGGUUGCAGCCGAGAUAUCCAUGGGAACAGAGGUCUCGGAGGAAGACAUUGUGAAUAUCUUGCACCUGUGUGAUCAGGUAGUGGAGAUUUCCGAGUACAGGACCCAGCUCUACGACUAUCUGAAAAAUCGGAUGAUGGCCAUUGCCCCCAACUUAACCAUCAUGGUGGGAGAACUGGUUGGAGCUCGAUUGAUAGCACAUGCUGGUUCUUUGCUGAAUCUGGCAAAACAUCCUGCAUCCACUGUGCAGAUCCUAGGAGCAGAAAAGGCGCUAUUCAGAGCACUUAAGACCAGGAAAGACACCCCAAAGUAUGGUCUGAUUUACCAUGCAUCAUUGCUUGGGCAGACUACACCAAAGAACAAGGGCAAGAUGUCCAGGAUGCUGGCAGCGAAGACGGCCUUGGCAAUCCGGUAUGAUGCACUGGGUGAUGACACGAAUGGAGAACUGGGAGUUGAGAACCGAGCCAAGCUGGAGAUCAGACUCCGGCAUUUAGAAGAGAGAGGGCUGAGAAGAAUAAGUGGGACUGGGAAGGCCCUGGCAAAGUUCGACAAAUACCAAAACAAGAGUGAGGUGAAAGUAUACGACCCAGCUGCAGAUUCAACUUUACCGUCAUUACCGAGAAAGAGAAAGUUUGAGGAGAUAGAGGAUGAGGUGGGAAACAAGCCAGAAAUGAAAAACAAAAAGAAAAAGGCACGACUAUCAGGAGCUGAUUUAACAGGAAAGGAAGAUGAAGAGGAGGGUGAGUCGUCCAGAAAGAAGAAAAAGAAGAAGAAAGAGAAGCCAGAGCCUGAGGUGGUUAUAAAGCAAGAGGAGGAUGAAGAAGAGCAGCCGGUCACUAUUAGUGAGGAGCCCACAGAGAAGAAGAAGAAAAAGAAGAAAAAAAUUAAAGAGGAAGAUGAAUGAAGUAAAUCUGACCUUGAGAGACUGAAAUUUAUUGUUGGAUGCUCCAAUGAUAUGUGACUGCAAGGCUCAUUUUUUAAAAAAAAAACUUUUAAUGGAAUGUUUCUGUUGUGCUGAGAGUUGCCAAUUUCUGAGAGAAUUCUCUGGCAUUGGAUUUCAUAAUAAUAAUCCUUGCAAUUGAUAUGGCAUUGUGAAAUUGGGUUCAAGAGUUUGUCAGAAAUCACACCAAGGAUGUCAUUAAAAUGUUUUAUUAGUAAUUAUAAAACCA